GUGUCACCCCCCACACACUAUUUAUACCAGCUCAGGUGAGAAACGCCCAUUCUCAGGCAUCCAGCGAGUAGUAGAACCCUCGUCUCGCUCUCUACGUAGCAUUUAACACUCCACGAUGGCCCCUAAGUACAAGCUGACGUAUUUUAACGCCCGAGGCCGUGGGGAGGUGCCCAGACUGCUGUUCGCCGCGGCAGGUGUGGAGUUUGAAGACGUCAGGAUCGAGUUCGAGCAGUGGCCGGCACUCAAAGAGUCGACUCCCAUGGGCGGACUGCCCAUCCUGGAGGUUGACGGCGUGACUCUCUGUCAGAGUGUGGCGAUAGCUCGCUUCGUGGCCCGGGAUGUGGGACUGGCGGGAAAGUCGAACGUGGAGCAGGCGCAGGCAGACAUGUUAGUAGACGAGGUGAACGAGAUCAUGCCGAAGCUUGCCGGCAUACUCUUUAUAACGGACGAAGCAGUAAAGGCGGAGAAGCAGAAGGAGCUGGAUGAGCUGAUCGAGAAGAAGUACACCACGCUAGAGAAGCUGUGCGGCUCUGCCGGGUACAUGGUCGGGAACAGGAUGCUCUGGUGCGACCUGUUCUUCUAUAACAUCGCUUUCAACGUGGAGAACAACAAGCCGGGAACUCUGGAUAACUACCCCAAACUGGCCAAGGUAGUGGAGAAUGUCAAGCUCAACUCACGUAUCGCAGCCUACCUGGCCACGCGACCUGACGCCGUGUUUUAAGUGGAAAAGAAACCAACAAAAAUGUGUUUCAAUUGUGGCAAUAUUACCACCAGUUAGUGCUUGAUCGACAGAGCACAGGGAGUUUUUUUUUAUUAGCUUUUCACAUUCAGUAGCAAAUACAGACGGAUACACGCGUACGUAGAUACACAUUCAAUUCUUCUACACAAUUCCACAAUUCUUUUGUAACGUUGCUGCUGUAGAUUGAAAGUAUGACACGGAAAAACAUAUUUUCUAGACAUCUCAUAAUUGUGGGGUUAAUUUCAUUUUCAAACCUCUACCUCCUCCUUGCAGCUGAAAAGGUCACAAAGGCUGUUCGAACAAAAGGGAGCCACUGUAAUACUUUAUGCGACGUGUACUGCGACUUGUGUGGUAGUCAUUCCAUGAAUGUCUACCUUUACUACAUUGACAACUCUGUCCUUGCAAUACAUAAGAAUAAAAAAGUAAACUUUGAAACGUU